UAAUGGAAACAGACCCAAUUUAUCUUGAGGAAAAAAUUUAGCACUCUCUGCUUGUGGUUUAUCUUUAUGUCCUAAGGAUGCCUACUUAAUAUUCUGAAAUUAGAGAGCUUAAUGAAACAAUCAGCAAAAAUAAAAUAAAAACAAUUUUUUAUUCUGGGACUUAACCCCUUUAAAUAUUGGUUGAUCAAUUAUUGAAUGUAUCAUAAGAGACUUCAAUUUCAAAAAUUAUUUAAGAUAUCCAUGUAUUGCAAUUUUCAAUUUAAAUAGGAAGAACUAAUUAAAAAAUAAUCUAAUGUUGGAUUAAUGUGUUCUUAAUCAUGUGCAAUUAGUUUAAAGAUUUACUUUCAUUAUAUGGUAGCUAUAGAAUAAAAAAAAUUCUAAGAUUUACGUCUUAAUGUAUGAAAAAAAAAAUAUUUAGUUAUUUUAAAAAUAAUUUUCAAUUGAAUAGCUGCAAUAAGACUAUAAUGAAAUCAAAAAAAGUUUAAAUAUUAUUGUUUUGAAUGAAGAUUCUAAUUUACCUAAUUCUUUUCUAAAUUAUACUAAGGACAAAAGUGAAAUAAUUAAUCUAGUAUAACAGAGAUCUUAACUAAAGACACUUUAAAUAACAAAUAGUCAUCGCAUUUUUAAUGGAUACUAAAAAGAAUAGUCAAAUUAGUUAUCGAGUAGAAGCAGAAUGAUCUUGGGAAAGGAUGAUCAAGUAAUUUCAGAGUUUGCUUAGUCUGAUAUCAUGAUUCCUCCUUUUAUUAGUCUAUUAGAAUCUAGUAUAGAAGCUGAAUCCUCAAUAAAAACCAUCUAGAAUAUAUAAAUAAAUUGUAUUUAGCCAAAUGUAAAAAAAUAAUACAAAUUGCCAUAAAGCAUUUAAUUUAUCCAUUUUAUACCAAAAGAUGGAUUUAAAUGUUUAUAAUGA